GAAGGAUAGUCUGAGUGGAAAAAAAAUUAAAACCAUCACCCAAUCGGUCAACCUGGUAGUUAAGAAGUACUAAAUAGCUUAUCUCUUUCAUUCAACAUUUCAACCUUCGAAGCUUCAAAACCUGAUAGUUUCGGCUUAACGAUUGAAUCUUCAAAAUCAAAUAACUCAUCUCUUCUUGCAUCCACCCUUUGAACUCAACUCUUGUAUCUUGCAUUCACUGGUUCCACCAUUGUCGUCUCUUAUCUUUUCUGGCCACUUUCUUGGCCAAAAUGAGCUUCCGAGCACCUUUUCCCAGCCAUGACAAAGAAGAAAAGAAAGAAGCAACAGAUGAAAAGAAAACCGAGAAAGUUCCAUUCACCAAGCUUUUUGCCUUCGCAGAUUCCUGGGAUUAUGUCUUAAUGCUCUUGGGCUCCGUCGGUGCUUGUGUUCAUGGGGCUUCUGUGCCCGUAUUCUUUAUUUUUUUCGGCAAACUAAUAAACAUUAUCGGUGUCGCUUACCUCUUUCCGACUUUGGUGUCGCACAAAGUCGCAAUGUAUGCUUUGGAUUUUGUCUAUCUAAGCAUUGUUGUAAUGUUCUCAUCAUGGAUAGAGGUGAGCUGUUGGAUGUAUACCGGGGAGCGACAAGCGGCGAAGAUGAGGCUAGUCUACUUGAAAUCAAUGCUGAACCAAGACAUCAGUCUCUUCGACACCGAAGCUUCGACUGCAGAAGUGAUCUCUGCAAUUACCAGCGAUGUUAUUGUUGUUCAAGAUGCCAUCUCUGAGAAGAUUGGGAAUUUCAUGCACUACAUAAGUCGUUUCAUAGCCGGAUUUGCAAUUGGGUUUGCUCGAGUUUGGCAAAUCAGUCUUGUGACCUUAUCAAUUGUCCCUCUGAUUGCCAUUGCUGGUGGUGUCUACGCGUACAUAGCAAUUGGUCUCAUGGCCAGAGUAAGGAAAUCCUACGUCAAGGCUGGAGAAAUCGCAGAAGAGGUGAUUGGUAAUGUUCGAACAGUCCAAGCGUUUGUGGGAGAAGAGAAGGCUGUGAAGAUGUACAAGGAUGCACUGGCCAAGACAUACACGUAUGGGAAGAGGGGAGGACUAGCCAAGGGUAUGGGGCUUGGAUCGAUGCACUGUGUUCUGUUCUUGUCGUGGGCAUUGCUUGUCUGGUUUACUAGCAUUAUCGUCCACAAGCAGAUAGCUACUGGCGGAGAUUCUUUCACCACCAUGCUCAAUGUUGUCAUUUCUGGCCUCUCUCUAGGAAUGGCAGCUCCUAACAUCUCCACCUUCAUCCAAGCAAGAACAUCUGCAUAUCCCAUUUUUAAGAUGAUUGAGAAGAGCACAGUUAGCCAAGCCAGCGCCAAAAAUGGACGUACCCUCAGCAAAGUGGAGGGGCACAUUCAGUUCAAGGAUGUAUAUUUCUGCUAUCCCUCUCGCCCACAUGUGGUGAUCUUCGACCAGCUUUCUCUGAAUAUACCAUCUGGAAAAGUUGUCGCCAUUGUUGGAGGAAGUGGGUCGGGAAAGAGCACAGUAAUCUCAUUGAUAGAGCGUUUCUAUGAGCCCCUCUCUGGUCAGAUACUGUUAGACGGAAAUGACAUCAAGGAGCUUGAUCUCAAAUGGCUCAGACAGAAAAUUGGAUUGGUCAAUCAGGAACCUGCUCUCUUUGCCACUACCAUUCGUGAGAACAUCUUAUAUGGGAAAGAUGAUGCCACCUUGGACGAAAUAACACGAGCUGCAAAGCUCUCAGAAGCGAUAUCAUUCAUCAACAAUCUUCCUAAUAGAUACGAGACUCAGGUUGGUGAGAGAGGAAUACAGUUAUCAGGUGGACAGAAGCAAAGAAUUGCAAUAUCUCGUGCGAUACUGAAGAACCCAUCAAUCCUGCUCCUGGAUGAGGCCACAAGUGCCCUUGAUGCUGAAUCUGAGAAGAGCGUUCAACAGGCGCUUGAUCGUUUGAUGGUUGGACGAACAACAGUUGUAGUGGCCCAUCGGCUCUCCACCAUUCGGAAUGCAGACAUCAUCGCCGUCGUCCAGGACAGUAAGAUUGUUGAGACCGGGAGCCAUGAAGAGCUGAUGUCAAACCCCAACAGUGCCUAUGCAACUCUUGUGCAUCUCCAAGAGGCAGCACCUUUGCAGCGUCAAGGCUCGAUGGGAGCUGGCGUGGGUCGCCUUCCUAGCAUGAGGCUUUCACGGGAAUUGUCCCACAGAAAUACGAGCUUUGGUGCCAGCUUCCGCUCAGAUAAGGAAUCCAUUGGGCGUGUGGUUGCAGAAGAGGGUGAGACAGAGAGAAGGAAGCCUGUGUCCAUGAGAAGAAUGAUUUCAAUGGUGCUUCCUGACUGGGUGUAUAUAAUAUAUGGAGUCACAGGUGCGAUCAUGUCCGGUGCCCAGAUGCCGCUUUUUGCUCUCGGAGUUACACAGGCUCUGGUCGCCUAUUACAUGGAUUGGGACACCACACGCCACCAAAUCAAGAAGAUUGCAUUCCUCUUCUGUGGAGGUGCUGUUGUCACAGUCAUCUUUCAUUCCAUUGAGCAUCUCAGCUUUGGAAUCAUUGGCGAGAGGCUUACUCUUAGGGUGCGAGAGAAGAUGUUUGCAGCCAUAUUGAGGAAUGAAAUCGGAUGGUUUGAUGAUACAAACAACACCAGCUCGAUGUUGUCAUCACGUCUAGAAGCCGAUGCAACUCUGCUACGAACCAUAGUCGUGGAUCGUUAUUCAAUUCUGAUCAUGAACAUCUCUAUGAUCGUAACCUCGUUCAUCAUUGCUUUCCUUCUGAAUUGGAGGAUCACACUUGUAAUCAUGGCCACUUAUCCUCUCAUAGUUAGCGGGCACAUCAGCGAGAAACUCUUCAUGAAGGGCUAUGGUGGCAAUUUGAAUCAGGCCUACCUGAAAGCUAACAUGCUCGCCGGCGAGGCAGUGAGCAACAUCCGAACAGUUGCUGCCUUCUGCUCUCAAGAUACGGUCAUUGACCUGUAUGCACGAGAGCUAGAAGAGCCAAACAAGCGUGCCUUCCAACGUGGUCAGAUUGCCGGCAUACUGUAUGGUGUCUCACAGUUCUUCAUCUUCUCAUCCUAUGGCCUUGCUUUAUGGUAUGGUUCUGUCUUGAUGGGGAAGGAGAUGGCCAGCUUCAAAUCAGUCAUUAAAUCAUUCAUGGUAUUAAUAGUUACUGCAUUGGCCAUGGGAGAGACGCUAGCAUUGGCACCAGACCUCGUGAAAGGGAACCAGAUGGUAGCUUCAGUGUUCGAAGUGCUGGACAGGAAGACGGAGGUGGUGGGAGAUGUCGGGGAGGAAGUGACAAAGGUUGAAGGAACAAUUGAGUUGAAGCGUGUGGAGUUCAGCUAUCCGUCGAGGCCAGACAGUAUUAUCUUCAAGGACUUUGAUCUCAGAGUGCGAGCUGGUAAUAGUAUGGCAUUAGUGGGAGCCAGUGGGUCGGGCAAGAGCUCUGUGCUUUCUCUCAUUUUACGCUUUUAUGAUCCAACAUAUGGGAAGGUGAUGAUUGAUGGAAAAGACAUAAAGAAGCUCAAGCUCAAGUCCCUUAGGAAGCACAUCGGCCUGGUCCAACAAGAACCAGCACUGUUUGCCACAACCAUUUAUGAAAACAUUCUGUAUGGAAAAGAGGGAGCAUCAGAAGCAGAGGUUAUUGAGGCAGCCAAGCUUGCCAAUGCACACACCUUCAUCAGCGGCCUUCCUGAGGGCUACAGAACUAAGGUUGGAGAACGAGGUGUGCAAUUAUCUGGUGGCCAGAAGCAAAGGGUUGCCAUUGCUAGAGCUGUUCUCAAAGACCCAGCAAUUUUGCUACUGGAUGAGGCCACCAGCGCACUUGAUGUAGAGUCUGAGCGUAUAGUUCAACAAGCACUUGACAGGCUAAUGAAGAACCGAACCACAGUUGUGGUAGCACAUCGUUUGUCCACCAUCCAAAAUGCAGAUCAAAUCUCAGUCAUACAAGAUGGGAAGAUCAUAGAACAAGGGACCCAUUUUCGAUUGAUAGAGAACAAAGAUGGAGCUUAUUAUAAGUUAAUUAACCUACAACAACAGCAGCAGCAGGAACAACAACAACAACAGUAACUAUAACAAAAAAAUUAUUUUGAUGAUUUAUGAAGG